AUGUCGGAGAUCCUACCCUACAGUGAGGACAAGAUGGGCCGCUUCGCCGCCGACCCCGAGGGCUCCGACCUCUCCUUCAGUUGCCGCCUGCAGGACACCAACUCCUUCUUCGCGGGCAACCAAGCCAAGCGACCCCCCAAGCUGGGCCAGAUCGGCCGAGCCAAGAGAGUGGUGAUCGAGGAUGACCGGAUAGACGACGUGCUGAAGGGGAUGGGGGAGAAGCCGCCGUCCGGAGUGUAG